GUCUAACAAAAAUCAUCAGUUGACGGCUGAUUUUUUUGCCUGCGGGUUUUCUGCACGGUUAUUUUAUUAGAAAAAAGUAUUGAUUAAAUUAUAACAAAAUAGCCACACAAAUGUGUUAAAGAAAGUAAAUUGUGUUUAAAAUUAUUAGAAGUAAAGAAAGUCAAUUAAGUGCAACAAAUAAAAAUUUAACAACAAGUAUAUUAUAACCUAUAAAACAUACAAUAACAACUACAAAAAAAAACAAAAAUGUCAACUCCACAACAAGCUCCAGCACAAUUUUCUUUGCUUCCUAAGAUCAUUAACGGUGGUAUUGCCGGUAUUAUAGGCGUAUCAUGUGUAUUUCCUUUGGAUUUAGUUAAAACCCGUUUGCAAAAUCAACAAGUCGGUCCAAAUGGCGAAAAAAUGUACAAAAAUAUGUUCGAUUGCUUCCGCAAAACAUAUCGUGCUGAGGGUUACUUUGGCAUGUAUCGUGGUUCCGGUGUCAAUAUCCUUUUGAUUACCCCCGAAAAAGCCAUUAAAUUGACCGCCAACGAUUACUUCCGUCAUAAACUCACUACCAAGGAUGGUAAACUGCCCGUUAGUAGUCAAAUGAUUGCUGGUGGUUUGGCCGGUGCAUUCCAAAUUGUUGUUACUACACCCAUGGAAUUGUUAAAGAUUCAAAUGCAAGACGCCGGUCGUGUUGCAGCUCAAGCUAAAUUGGCGGGCAAAAGUGUCGAAAAGAUUUCCGCCACCAAAUUGGCUUCACAAUUGUUGAAGGAAAAGGGUAUAUUUGGAUUGUACAAGGGUAUUGGUGCUACCGGCUUAAGAGAUGUUACCUUCUCUAUUGUAUACUUCCCACUCUUUGCUACACUUAAUGCUUUGGGCCCCAGACGUAAUGAUGGUUCCGGUGAAGCUGUAUUCUGGUGUUCAUUUUUGUCUGGUUUGGCAGCUGGUUCAUUUGCUGCAUUAUUUGUUAAUCCAUUCGAUGUGGUUAAGACACGUUUACAAGCUAUUAAAAAGGCUGAUGGUGAAAAGGAAUUCAAGGGUAUUAUGGAUUGUAUAACCAAAACAAUGAAAUAUGAAGGACCCACUGCUUUCUUUAAGGGUGGUUUGUGUCGUAUGAUUGUCAUUGCUCCACUCUUCGGUAUCGCUCAAAUGGUUUACUUCUUGGGUGUUGCUGAAGGUUUGCUUGGCAUGAACAAAAAGGAAUAAACAACAAGCAAUUUAUUUAAUAAUUUAAGAACCAAUUUAACUGGAAACGAAUGCAUUUCCAUUAUGUGUCGUCCUAAAUGUACAUCGGAAAAUAAAAUAAUGCUAAUAAUAAACUAAUAAUUAAAUAGACAAAA